AUGGACAGCCCAGCAGCAACAAUGGCUCAACAUCCACUCCUUCCUCCAGGAACUGUUCACUUGAUCAAUUACGAGGAGGCAACCGAAUCCCCAACAUUCGUUCUCUCCCCAACCCCGUCAGACCCAAACGACCCACUGAACUGGAGUAAAUGGAGAAAGUAUCUUAACUACAGUCUUGCUAUGGGCGUUACCGUGGCUGCUUUCACCAACCUCUCGAUCCAGACCGUCUUCUGGCAACAAAUGACUGUUGAUCUUGAUGUGUCUAUCAACCAACUCAGUAACGCACAGUCCGCCAAGCUUGCAGGUCUUGCCACAGGCUGCAUUUUCUUCAUCCCGUUUACCAUCAAGUAUGGUCGCAGCCUGACAUACUUGGUUUCCACAGCUAUCCUCGCAGCAGCAGCGUGGUGGACUUCAUCGAUGCACUCGUACGCAGAACUCCUCGCCACAGCCGUCAUCACCGGCCUUAGCGGCGCAAUCAACGAGACCGCGGUGCAGAUGACUAUUGCCGAUAUUUUCUUCGUCCACCAGCGAGGCUCUGCCAACGGUCUUUAUUUUACUGCCGUAAUGGCAGGAAGCUUUUUGACUCCUUUGGGUGCCGGCUCCCAGGCCGUGACUCAGGGGUGGUGCUGGUCAUACUACGCCCUCUCUAUCUCUCUGACUGUUCUCUUCUUCAUGUUCGUGUUCUUGUACGAAGAGACAAAAUAUGUUCCCGUUACCAUCGGCGAAGGCAAGAUCACAGAAAAUAACCCACCGCACGACGAGAACAACAUGGAAAAGGUUAAAAGCUUUGAUAAAGGCGGUCUGGAGCUGAACUACAUGCAGUCCAAUUCCGCCACAGAUGUUCGACUGGAUUCUUACCGCGAACGCAUGCGGUUGUUAACACCGACCUCGGAAUCCUUACUGCGUAUUUUCAUCUUACCACUCCAUGUCAUCACUCUUCCACAUGUCAUGUUCACUGCUCUUCAGUUUGCUGGCUCGUUCUGUUUAUCAAUUGGAUACAUGAACCUCGGACCUUUUGUUGGAAAUAUUUUCGGCAGCAUUUACGGGGGACCUUUAGCGGACUGGACUGUAUUACGCUUGGCGAAGAGGAAUGGAGGAGUUUUCGAGCCAGAAAUGCGCUUGUAUCCCUUAUUUCUACCCGUGAUCACAAUGGCUGGUGGUAUUGUCAUGUUUGGAGUCACUGCGGAUCGAUUAAGUCACUUUCCCCCUGAUAUUUUAUGUUGCACUAUCGCGUUGCUGACUGCCGAAGCCUUUGUUGGUAUUAUAUUUGUUCGCAAUGCUGUCAGCGUGGGUGUUCCUUCGGCGCUUGUGCCUUGGAUGUCAAACAUGGGCCUUACCAACAUGUAA